AUGGUCAAAAUCGCUGUGUUAGGUGCCUCUGGGCAGAUCGGACAACCCUUGAGUCUUCUAACUACUCAAAUCGAACUGAGACUUUACGACGUUGUGCACGCGGUGGGCGUGGCCACGGACCUCAACCACGUUGAUACUCCUUCCGCCGUCAAGGGCUACCUCCCCGAGAAUGAUGGCCUUCAAAAGGCUCUGACCGGGGCAGAAGUUGUAUUGAUCUCCGCUGGCAUUGCUCGAAAACCAGGAAUGACGCGAGAUGAUUUGUUCAAGACCAAUGCUGGUAUCAUUGCGGAUCUGGCUGCUGGAGUGGCGCAAUUCUGCCCCAAGGCGUUGGUUGGAAUUAUCACCAACCCAGUCAAUAGCACUGUUUCCAUUGCCGCUGAAGUGCUGAAGAAGCACGGAGCCUUUGACCCAAAGCGCUUGUUUGGCGUCACAACACUGGACGUUGUGCGUGGAUCCAAAUUUGUUGCUGAUGUCCUUGGAAACAUUAGCCCGCAGGAUAUUAAGGUGCCUGUUGUAGGCGGACAUUCGGGGGCAACAAUCUUGCCGUUGAUCAGCCAAUCCAAACCUUCGGUGCAGCUGAGCCAAGAGCAAAUCAAGGCUAUCACCAACAGUGAGUUGAAGGAGUUCAAUUCGGCGGGAAUUAAGUCGUCAAAGCCAAGGCCGGUGCUGGGUCCGACGACAUGCAUGGCAUACGCUGGUUUCCGUUUUGCCCAAGCCAUCAUCAAGGCCUCUCAAGGCCAGAGUGGUGUUGAAGAGCCUGCCUAUGUCUACCUCCCUGGGUUGCAAGGAGGUGAGACUGUUGCCCACGAGCUUGGAGUGAGCUACUUUGCGGUGCCGGUUACCUUCGGGCCCAACGGCGCCGAGAUUGCGCAUCCCAUUGGGUCGCUCUCUAACUAUGAGAAUGGCCUUUUGAAGGUGGCCAUUGAUGAAUUGAAAGGGAAUAUCAAGAAGGGGGAGGACUUCAUCCAAGCACAGGCGUGA